CUCCGUCGUGCGCGUUGUCGGCUUGUCUCGCGGUUUGUCACUGUUUUGGUUACGAUUUGGGUAUGUGAGAUAGCAUCGUCACCGCCGCUGAUAAACUUUUCAUAAAUUUUGUAACUUAAUUAUGAUAUGGCUCUGGUUGACAUGUCUGAGAUGUUGUCUGGAGCAGACGUAUGGUUUAAUUAUCGCAAUCUGCUAAUUUAUUAAUUGGUUAUAAAGGCGGGCUUGCUUUGAUAUAGGUAAUAUUGGAAAAGUCAGUGACAGGGAAAUCAUACUAAUGUAACUAUGUUUUGUUGUCAAUUGUUACACCGAAAUCUAUAAUAUUUGGUCCAAUGUGUAGAAUCCAUGAUGAAAUCAAGAACAACUCGAGAUCAUUCAAUGAGUAGGAGAAAAGAAGGACAUGCAAAAGAAAUAGCAAGACAUUCUUCCCCAAUUUUGGGAACUGUAGAAAUGCCUAGUAAAUCUCUUGCUACUGAAAAGUCUGUAAACAUGAGCAUAGUGAACAGAAGCUCAAAUAGCAGUGACAUAAGUAUGCCUGGACAAAACCUCCACACAGACUCUGGCAUUUCCAGUUCAGAUUCUCUUGCUGGUUGUGAUAAAAGAUCACCAUCACCUGAUGAUCAUGAUUUUGUUUCGGAUCUAAUGAAAAUAGCUGACAGAAAAUUAGCACAAAUUGCUAUUCGUGAAGAUUUAACUUGUAGUGAUAACUAUCUUAAUCAAUCAAAGCAGAUGGGCUUACAACCCUCAACAUCUGCGAGAAGCAAUAUUGUUUUUCCUUUAUUUGAAGACAAUGAUAUGGCGACUUCUUCUAUAUUUAUGACAGCAAUGGAUUCUGACUUGCCCAUGUCUGACAAUGGCAAUCAAAAUUCUUGUGAACAAACUAUCGGUUCUGUUAUACAGGAUUUUGGACUAGAUCAUUCAUUUGAUGAUGACAUUGAAAAUUAUGACGCCAGACUUUAUUGUUCUGCUUGUGGUGAUAUUCUAACCAAUCCAAGACUAUUACCAUGCCUGCAUACAUUUUGCACAAACUGCUUGCAAGAUAAAACAACUCCGAGCGUUAAUAAAGAUGGCUUGCUACUGGAAAAAGUAGUUGAUGCAUCAUGUUCGUCGGAAGCUUUAAAAUGCCCAACUUGCUUCACCAAUGUAAACUUGUCUUUAGAAGGAGUUUACGGUCUCCCAAUGAAUCAUUUAAUUCAGCGACUGCUAGUGAUAAAUGAUUUAAAAAACAGAAAAGCACAACAAUUAACUUGUGAUCUUUGUCCAGACAAAACAGCAAUAGAGGGAAGAUGUGUCCAGUGUCAAGCUAAUUUGUGCCAAUUUUGCUUCCAAGCCCAUAAGCGACAAAGCCUCACGGCUGCUCAUAGUGUAAUUUCUUCCAAGGAAAUUGAUGGCAAAGACACAAGAUACCGGUCAAAGAAACAAGGUGUCCCAAUCAUGUGCAAUAGGCACACUGAAGAAGAAUUGAAAUUAUAUUGUCUUGAUUGCUCACAACUUGUAUGUAGAGACUGCUGUCUAGGAGUUAAACACAGGGAUCAUAAAUGUGAAUAUGUGAACUAUGUGAUUGACCAGAAAGUAUCUGAGAUAUCUAAUCACUUUAAAUCAUGCGAACCUAAAAUUAAAAGUUUACAUAAAGCUAUUUCACAGCUCGAACAUUCUGAAAAAGUUAUUAAUGAUACAGCGGAUGAAGUUUCUGGUAAAGUGGAACGCCAUAUUACGAGUUAUAUCAAGUCAUUAGAAAAACAUAAAAAUUCACUUCUGAAAUCAAUAAAACAAAUGGCCAAGGCUAAACGUGAAUCGGUGCAGGUACAAAAACAACAUCUUUCUAGUCUUUUAAAAGAUGUAACGCAUUCUUGUGACUUUACAUCUCAAUUGCUCGGCAUAGGAACAGACCAUGAAAUAGUAUCUUUGAGGCCAUUUGUUAUUGAGCGCUUACAGUCAUUGUCAUCUAUAAAAUUCAGUGAAAAUCCUUGCCCAGUGGAAAACUUCAUGGAGUUCCGAGCAAACAAGAAAGUGAAAACCUGGAUAGAAGGAGACAAUGUAAGUUGCCUUGCUGAAAAUAAAAGAUCAUCGAAGUUACUUCGACCCGGAUUAGAAGUCGAUAUUUGUGGUGAUGUUGUUUCACGUGCCUUGGAACCUAAGUAUUGUACUGCUUAUGGUGAAGGAAUUCAUUGUUCUCGUGUUAAACUACCUUCUGAAUUCAUUGUCAUUGCCAAUAACUAUGAACGUGAAAAACUAGAGAACGGAGGCCAUGAUGUAUCUGUAUUAGUAACAAUGGAGGGCAUAGACCAAAAAUUAUUUAAAAAACCCAAAGUGCAAAUUACUGACAGACAUGAUGGUACAUACCGUAUUCUUUACGUUGUUUAUGCAACUGGAAAUUACAAUUUAGAUGUACAAAUUUUUGGAGAACAUAUUCAUGGUAGUCCGUUUCAUGUUUCUGCGAUUGACUCGAAAACCCAUGUUCAUUCUGGUAUAUUUCAUUGCUGCUGCUUUUGUUCAAGUGGUGGAGAUAAAAAUAGUGUAUGUGCAUGCGGAGCUCAAAUGCCUGGUGGGUUCAAAGGUUGUGGACAUGGUCAUGAAGGACACCCUGGAUCAUCUCAUUGGUCUUGUUGUGGCAAAACUAUUGAAGCAUCAUCCUGUAGCAAGCAUUCAAUAAAAACUUCAUUGCAAGAUUUAUCCAGUGAAUCAGAAAACAACAUACUUCCUCCUCCUAUGUUACAGAACCUUGAUCAUAGAAGCUAUACUUUACCUGUCCGAAAAAAUAUAGCAAAGGAUUUCAUGUCUCAUCCUAAUGGAGAAGAAGAUAUGUAUGCAACACCAGGUACAUUAAGAUUGCAAAGAGGUCCUUCAUAUCCAAGAUUUAAUUUUUCAAGGCAACAGAGCGCUCCGGUGUCAUCCUCAACUAAGCAAGUAAAAACUGUUACAUUAUAAAUAUAUAUAUUCGAAGCUAAAAGAAUAGCUAAGAAUUUUGUCAAUCUCUUACUGUUUCUUCAUCUUCUUAUCUGACUUAAUGCGCAUGCUAAAUGUGUUACAGAGUUUUACUAUUUAUUGUUAAUAUAUUUUGAUGCACCAUUGCAUGACAAUCAUUCUAAAUAGGGCAUCCUAUUUAUAUACAGUAUUGUUUUCUCUCUUCAUAAUUCAUUUUACCUAACAUACCUAGUUUGAUGGGGUAUAUUUAUAAUCCAACAUAAGUUAUAUGGCAGGGUAUAUAUUACUGAGAGACCCUGCUUCACGUCAUUUUGAUAUCCAAUUUUGUAAAAAUCUUUGUAACCUUCAGAAAAUCUUAAAUACCUCAUUAUGGUGCUGCUUCUAAAUUUAUUAUAUCUUCAACUACUCUUGGUGAUUGUUACUUAAAUAAGUCAAGCAUGUAUUCUAUGUGUCAUCUGUCCGAUAUUAGCCAAAUUGACUCAAUAAUGAAUAGAACAUGAAUACGGAUGAUUGACUAGUUUUAAAAAUAAAGAAUUUUGUAAUAAUUGUGUUUUUGCUGAUUUACGAUAAUUAUUAUUAAGCAUGGUAUAUUUGGGUUGUCAUACCUUACAACUUUGCAUUCGCUAAAAUAUUUGCGGUUUCAAACUACUAUUUAUAAAAAUAUUUCGUGCUCUUCAUUAUAAAUAUUUUGUUCGUUUUGAUACUCUUUUCUAACUUAUUUUCUCAAAUACUUUGGUGCGUAACAAAAAAACUAUGCGAUCUACAAACAUGAAUCCACUUUUUCAGUAAUUUAUUUGCUUACAUUGCAGCCCCAUUUCUUUUUUAGUUAUCGCUUAAUAAACUUAUGUAGCAUUUUAAAGCUAUUAGAAAUAUGCAAUAUUAUCCGUAGCUUAAUAAUGACAAGAAUAUUGAAAUGAAUCGUUUAAAAUAUUCUAUCAUAAGUGUCUAUUAUCAGAAUUCCUUGAAGAACGGCUGUAAAUUAUCACCAGGGUGGGGCAUUAUAUUGUUAAUCAGACCCCACACCUAUCCUCUGAUAGUCAUUGAAGUGGAAUGUAGCAA